GCAGCGCGGCGCUGGCGGGCGCAGGAAUGCGCGUUCCAGUUAAAUAGUGGGCGCAGGGGCGGCCGCCGCGGCGGCUCUCGGCCGGGACAGAGCGAGCGGGGCGGCGCGGAGCCGAGCGGAGCCUCCAUGGCGCGGCGCUGCCGCUGUGGCGGUCGGGGCGUUGCGGCGCGGCUGUGACAGGCGGCUGGGGCCGGCCUUUCUCCCCGCCCCGGCGCUCAGCGGGGCCCUCGGCGAGCGGAGGAGCGGUGUUCCCGGGGCGAUCGGAGAGGAGCCGUGGCGGCCGGCGGCUGCCGGCGGGUCACCGCCUCUAUGAUGAAAUUUAAGCCGAACCAGACGCGGACGUACGACCGGGAGGGCUACAAGAAGCGGGCGGCCUGUCUGUGCUUCCGCAGCGAGAGCGAGGACGAGGUGCUGUUAGUAAGCAGUAGCCGAUACCCAGAUCAGUGGAUCGUACCAGGUGGAGGAAUGGAACCAGAAGAGGAACCUGGAGGAGCAGCUGUCAGAGAGGUGUAUGAAGAGGCUGGUGUAAAGGGGAAGCUGGGCAGACUGCUCGGGAUAUUUGAGCAGAACCAGGAUCGGAAGCAUAGGACGUACGUUUAUGUUCUCACUGUCACAGAAAUACUGGAAGACUGGGAGGAUUCUGUUAAUAUAGGAAGGAAAAGAGAAUGGUUUAAAGUAGAAGACGCCAUCAAGGUCCUUCAGUGCCACAAGCCCGUUCAUGCAGAGUACUUGGAAAAACUGAAACUGAGCUGUUCGCCCACGAAUGGAAACUCUGUGGUUCCCCCUCUCCCAGAUAAUAAUUCCCUGUAUGUCACUUCUGCACAGACUUCUGGGUUGCCCUCUACUGUGAGAUAAACGUUUGGAUUACCUUUCUGUUCAUGCCAUCGCAAGGGGAGACUUCUUUGAUUACAUGCAGGCACCCAUAUUACUGUCAGCUCUAAGUGAAAUACGUGAAUGUGUCAUAAUGUCAAGUUUAUUUGGACGCAUUUUUCCUUUUUAACAAUGUAAAAUAGUAUUUCAGCAAACCAAAGCCAUAGAUGGAUUUUUUUAAGAUGCCUUAGUAGGCCAUUUUUAAAGAAUGAAACUUGAGUACGUAAAUCUCCAUAUCUGCUAAAAUAAAAUAUGCAUCUAAGUGGUGUUCAGCUUAUUUAAGACUUGUCGGUAGUUCUGCAAGAGUACUUGCUUGGAGAAAAGCUUGAGCAGCUGGUCCUACAGUAAACUCUUGUUGGGUAUCCACAAAUGAAGUGCUGAGAACUGAAGGCCGCACUGUUUGGGGAGAUGAAAGCAGAGAAUGUGUAAGUGCGAUUACAGUGAAGCUCUCUAACUCAUGUUGAGAGCCAGGGACACCAACACUAAGCACCGUUUGCCUCGGUCAUCCUAAAAAUUGCUUUGCAACCUUCACAUAAGGUAGGACUAGAGCAAGGACAGUAACUCUGCCUUGCAAUUACCAAACCCAUUUGCUAUACUUUGGUUAUUUGGUCAACCAAUUAACUGUCAGAAGAUGUAUGUGAAGGGUGUUGUAGUUUCCUCCCUCAUCCUCUUUUCCUUUCAGCAUUGUGGUGCACAUUUUGCUCAUAGUGCAAUUACACGGCAGGACCCAAAGCCUGCUGACCUCCAGUGACAGGCAUCUUCUGUCAUGUUCAUGCAGUCUGUUAAUUAAAAAUGCUUGAAGGAAAAUGAGACUUAGUCCAUGGGCAUCCUUUAAGGUUAAUGAAGCAUGUGUUGAGGUGUUGUGCCCAGUGGGAGCUGGUUGUGGUACUUGGGCCUUGGAGACAGGUAGGUUGAUAUGCUAUUGGAGGAAUAAUAUUCCCUCAUCAUAUUCAGAAGGUGUGCUGAAAGCCCCGCAUUACAGUUAGCUCUUUAAUACUUGAGUUUUACUGUUUUAACAUCAGUUGCUCUAGUGUUCUGUAAUUAACAGCUGGCCUCCUGGUGAAACUCACCUGGAAUAAAUGAGGUGCAGCUGACAACUGCCCUCUGCUUCAUUCUUUGUCCUCUUCUUCAGCCAAGAAGAUGAAACCUAAACCCACUGUAGGUCUUAAUACGCUUCUACCAUAGGAUUAUUCUUCCCGUGUAUGUAUGUGUGUGUAUAUGGCUUUCUUCUACAGGAACACGAUCCAAUUCAUAUGAACACCUUAAUUCUGCGUUUCUUCUAGGAUCUAAGCCUGACUGUCCUCUCCAGCCAGUCAAAGCAGAGGCUGAGGUAAAGCAUUACCUCACGUGUGACGUUUAUUCUGGGUAUAGCUCAUUCUCUACACAGCAUUUGAACCUUUGUAAAUAGUCCAAAUAGUAAAUAGUGAGUGUAAAAUGGAAAAUAAAUGUAAUUUAAGCCUUUUGUUACUCAAUACACAAAUGGUUAACUUCUACUUUUUUAACACAAAUUGUGUAAAAUGCUGCUAUAAAUUAAACUUUUUUGUGCUGUUACACUUUUUUAGGGAAAUAAAAAAAGAAAUGUUGUUGCCAGAAGUUACUCCUUAGAAAACCAACCUUGUGCCAUAUGUAAAUGCAGUGGAACUACUAGGGAGACAGAUGUUCUGAUCUCUUAAUGCUGCUCUCUUUGAAGAGGUAUAAAUACUACUGACAAGAGGGUGUGAGCCACAAAGCUGAACACUUCCAGAAUGGUGGGUAGGGCUGUUCCACCCCUGUAUGUCCUAUUCCAGAUCACAUUCAGAAUGGGGAAGAACUCAGCUCUGUUCAGGCAUGUCUUAGCACAGAAGUGCUGCAGGCAGCUUAUCUUGCCUUCAGUCAUGAGGUGAGGGGCUGAACUUGGUGGUUUCCAAAGCAGGGGCGUGCUGGGCUACAAAGCAAAGGGUGGAACUGAGCAUUUUCAGGUAUGUUCAGUGUUUGUUACAACUGCCCCUAUUGUGUGAAAGUACCUCUGGCUCUAAAGUUGCCUUUGGAAGUGACAAAUUGAGCUUGUUGGGCACUUACCUUUUGCUCCUCUUUUUGGUUCAGUAGUCAUUUGAACGCUUCAAAUUGAGCAAACCUGUAUAGGCUUUCUUGUAACAAGAUUCUAUGGAAGACGUGAGAGCUAAAACAAGAAUUCAGAGCUCAAGUCCUUAUUCCUAAGACUGCUUCUGUCUCAGUUUCCAAUUCUUGGAAUGAAACCAAUCCAAGCUUGUAUGAGAUUUAGUGGUAAUGCAUGAUCUUAUUUUGUAACUCUUGAAUUAUGUAUUUGAUAAUAAUGUAAAAAUGUACAGUAUUGCCGUUGCUAACAAACUCAGAGUUGAUUGCCUAUAAAUAUUUUGGUUAUUUUUUUUGGUCACACACAUUUGAGCUGUUCAGUAAUGCCAGAUGGAUUUUGAAGCAGCAUUCAUGGUAUAAACCCUCUUCAGUCUCCGUGCAGCCUUCAGAAGGAAACCCUGUGAUGUUUAAUUCGACUUCCACUCCUCAGAGAUGAAUGUUCUGUGAAUUGGGCAAAUCUGAUGGUGCAGGUAAACUGAAAGUGCUUCAGUUGUGCUGAAAGAAAACCAUUCUAGUGAAGGAGCGGUGGGUCUGCCUUCAGCUGCAAUGCAAAGAAAAAAAGCCUUCUCAUUUUCUGCUCAUCUCUAUUUAGAUGGUCUAAAUCUGCUAUGUACAGAGUAGAUAUGGAAUUGUCCUGGUGCUGUGAAUUCGGUACAGCAGGCCCAGACCUGGUUCUCUAGAGGAAAGAGAAGCAGCUGACACCAUGCUCUGGUCUCAGAAAGCUGAGUUUGGGCCGCUGCUUCCUGCAUUAAGUUAUGGCUUUAGAGUGGUAGCAGAGAGAAACAGCCUUAAAGUUUAAAAACACACAGAGCAUUGAGUAAGUGGAAUAUUCUGCUCUUAAACACCAAGAGAAGUAUUGAAGGACUGCACAGAGGCUGCUGAAGUGGAAUAUCUUAUUUUGGUGCUUACUGCACCCUGUGUUAACCUUUCAAUGUGCUGUAAAAAAAGACAACGAGAAACAAGAGGAGGCAAACACUUGGUUUACUUACUGCCAUGGUUUGUGAAGUGAAAACUGAAGGGAGGGGUGGGGGGUGCAAAAUAAGUUGUAAACAUUUUGAUCUGUUUGCAUGGAUUUUCUUUUGAGAUUGAUGUAAGAAUUUUGACUUUUUAUAUUUGAGAAAUACCAAAAUAAAAUCUAAAUUAGUCCUGUGGA